GGUCCACGUGUCGCCGCGGGGGGGGGGAACGCGCGCGAUUCGACCGGUCCGGUUACCUUUACCGCGUAGUCGUGGGGCCGGGAAACACGUGACGUGUCCAGUGUGUCGCGUGAGCCCGGGGGACAGGGAGGGAGGGAGGGAGGAUGUCCGACAGAACUGGAACUUGCGCGGUCGAACCACCCAAGUGGACAAAGCCGAAAAUCACACACACGUGACGGAGGACGUAAAACACCGCGCUUGACUAAAGAUGAGUAGCGUUGCCAUGGCAACACCUGUUUUGUCCACUCCUGCCUUUUCUGGGUGCGGCCGCCGCGUUUGUCUGGCUCUCGGUCCACCUGUGCCCGGCGUGUCCCGUGCUCCCGCUCGGCACACACACACAGGCGCCGUGUCCCACGGCCCCCAGGUGAGGACGGCGAGGUCGCGGGUCGGCGGCUCCGAGCGCGUCCCCGGCCGUCGUCCACGCCUUUGCUCGUGUGGGUCCAAAGGGCGCUUUUGUGUCGUGUCCUCUUCACCGGCCCCCUGCGCUCCUGCUCCACCGACCGCGACGUCGCCGUGAACCUCGGCCGUGGUCCCGCAGGACGUGUCGGACCCGAGCUGAGCAGAGCGGGAAACGAGGGUGUGUGUGUGUGUGGGGAGCCUGGUGGUGGAGGAAAACAGUGUGUUGAAGUGGUGUAAACGCAGUGAGGAUGAUGACGGUGGUGGUGGUGGUGAUGAUGACUGCUGGACUUGGACACCAAGUGAAGGCUGGCAGCGACGGCGAGAGCAUCGGAAACUGCCCGUUCUCUCAGCGCCUCUUCAUGAUCCUGUGGCUCAAGGGCGUCGUCUUCAACGUCACCACUGUGGACCUCAAGAGGAAACCAGCUGACCUCCAGAACCUGGCCCCAGGGACCCACCCCCCCUUCAUCACCUAUAAUGGUGAGGUCAAGACAGAUGUCAAUAAAAUUGAGGAGUUCCUGGAAGACGUUCUUUGCCCACCCAAGUACGUGAAGCUCGGUGCCCGACACCCUGAGUCCAACACGGCUGGAAUGGACAUCUUUGCCAAGUUCUCUGCCUACAUCAAGAACUCGAAGCCGGACGCCAACGAGGCCCUGGAGCGCGGUUUGCUGAAGACCCUGCAGAAGCUGGACGAAUACCUGCGCUCCCCCCUGCCCGACGAGAUCGACCACAACAGCGUGGAGGACGUGAAGGUGUCCGAGCGAAAGUUCCUGGACGGGGACGAGAUGACGCUGGCAGACUGCAACCUGCUGCCCAAGCUGCACAUUGUCAAGGUGGUGGCCAAGAAGUACCGCGGCUUCGAGAUCCCGCGGGAGAUGACGGGAGUAUGGAAGUAUCUGGGCCACGCCUACGGCCGCGAGGAGUUCACCAACACCUGCCCCAGCGACAAGGAGAUCGAGAUCGCCUACGCGGACGUGGCCAAGAGGCUCGUCAAGUAGAUGGCCUGGCUUGAGGCUCCCUUGGCGUGCAGCCCUGUGCCAGCGCGCGCAUGUACACACACACACACACACACACACACACAUAUAUAGACGCAGCGCUGGGACUGAACCUGUAUGGAAAAACCAAUAUGUAUCUUUCUCUUUAUUCAUUUAGAAGCAUCAGGAAGAGAAACUUUGCACGGUUUCUGUUUUAAUUUAGUCUUAUUUUGUACCUGCUACCCUGUUAACAGGAUUCGGAGUGGCCGCUAGAGGUUCGAGGACUUUUGUUACUGUUGUUUUUGUUGUUAC